UUACAAACACUAGCCUCUACUCGGUGCUCGGCACUCGGCGCGUGCGCUACUUACUUGCGCUACCUACUUGCAGGGUAGACAGAGACACAUCUCCAAAGCUAGCCUCGUUUAUAUCGCUCCUUUAAUACGUUAGUCUGAAUUUUCUCCAUCGGCAGCAGAUGUUAUAACGUUUUCGUGACGUCACAAUGCGGGUACACAUCCUCGUGGCUCUGCUGACGGCUCCCUGCCUGGUCGUCCACAGUCGCGGCAAGAUCCUGCGCAACAACGCCCUCAUGACCAAGAUGAUAUCCCACUUCCAACAAGACAACAACCUCUCUGUUGAGCCUCACAGGAAGAAGGACAACGAUAACUUCAGCGCAGACCAGAAGCAGGACAGAGAUUAUCAGAAACAGGACAGAGAGACUUAUCAGAAACCAGACUAUCAGAAACAAGAUUAUCAAAAACAGGAUUAUCAAAAACAGGAUUAUCAAAAACAGGAUUAUCAAAAACAGGAUUAUCAAAAACAAGAUUAUCAAAAACAGGAUUAUCAGAAACAAGAUUAUCAGAAACAGGAAGAGAGAAGUUAUCAAAGACAAGACAUUUCUCCCGAUAACCAAAAACCGGAGAAAAUAUUGAACUUGAUGCAGAACGUGUUGUGCAGGAACUUCCCUUCGAUACCAUGCAAGAUUAUAAUGCAAGAUGACGCUUUGAACAAGCUCAUACAACGGUCCAUACAGCAGAUAACUUACAAGAAGCUGCGCAUGGAACACACGACGCAGCCGCAACCGAACGCACCGACACUCUACCCAAUAAUCAACAGCGAAGAUCUGUCAAAUUUUCUCGAGGUUUCAAACACGGGGUACUUCGACGAAAAAGCGAACGGACAGAAGAGCAAGAAGAAGAAAAGAGUGGGAGCCGAGAAGAAGAUGAAGAACCACUGGUCUCACGAGAAGCCGUCGAAGAAGAAGAUCAAGGGGAGCAAGGACACGAAGCACGGCACGGAGAUGUACAGCGGCCGGAAGAAGAUGCGCAAGUUCUACCCGCACAAGAUAAAGUAUAAAGACAAGACUAACAAAAACAGAGCAGAGUUCCGGGACUACGAUGAAGAGAAGAUGUCCAUGUCCAUUGAGCUGCCGGAUCUAGAAGUGAAGGCGGGGACGAAAGGCGACCACAUGACGUAUAAAGUGGAGCCGGAGAAUUCUCCGGUUUGGCGGAUAGACUACAUGAAGCACGGAAUCCCGAGCCUCAAUAUGUUUGGGUAUGAGGACGAGAGACUUCGCGGCAAGAUCAUCAAGUCCGGCCCAAACGUCAUCGUGGAUGGAACGCCUGGAAGUGGCAUGUUUGUGGAACUGUUCAAGCAGAAAGAAGACUCUUGGACGCAGUGGCAUAGCGCUAUGACGUCACCAGACGGUCGUAUCCAGUUUCCUUUCUCGAAGGAGUCGAUGGGAGCUGCCACGUAUAAGCUCAAGUUCGAUGUUGGAGAGUACUAUCGGAGACUCGGGAAGGAGACCCUGUAUCAUUACGUUGAGAUAGUAUUCGAAACCAAGGAAGACCAGCAUUACCACAUCCCACUGCUGCUCAGCCCGUUUGGAUACAGCACGUACCGCGGCAGCUGAGUCCCAGCAUCAACAUAAUCUAUCUUCUACUACGUACUUAUACUUAGUAUCGCAACGAUAAGUUAAUCAAUAAACUACCUAAAUAGUGGGUAACAUAGGGUGCGGUCACGAGCAUUAAUAUGUAUACACUUUGGUACCAUGUCACAUUAAUUCAUAAUUCAUUUAUUAACGAAAAUAAAUAAUUAAUUAAUUGUAAUAAUGUUUCCUUUCCACUGGUUGCCUGGAAGAAAUUGCUGCUUAGCAAUAAGGCCGCCAUCAUUUUGUUUUGUAUGUUGUGUGCAAUAAAGUAUAUUUGUAUUGUAUUGUAUUAACUUUUUUUUCAAAUUGAAAUGUUAGUCUCACUAAAUGUCAUAUUAUGUUAGUGCGACAGAGUCCUAAAGUGGGUACAUUAUAUUGCUCAUGACUGUACCUAUCCGUACAAUACAAAUCCGUACAAUAUUAAUCUGCAUUAUUGGCCGUGAUGGAACCCUUUUUAGUUUUAAGGCUGAUCUGAGUAAAUAUUCUAUCGUA